AUGUCUUUCCGUGGACGUGGCAAUGCCACCGGUGCGAACCGGGGCGGCUUUGGUAGCCGUGGUGGUCGUGGAGGCUAUCAGACCCAAUCAUUCGGGCCGCCUGCCCAGGUGUUCGAGAUGGGCACUGUCAUGCACUCUUGCGAGGGCGAAAUGGUCUGCGAGUCGAUCAACCCCAAGAUCCCCUACUUCAAUGCCCCGAUCUACCUCGAGAACAAGACUCCCAUCGGCAAGGUCGACGAGGUUCUCGGUCCCAUCAACCAGGUGUACUUCACCGUGAAGCCCCAGGAGGGUAUUGUCGCUACUUCCUUCAAGACUGGCGACAAGGUUUUCAUCGGCGGUGACAAGCUGCUCCCUCUGGAGAAGUUCCUCCCCAAGCCUGCGGCCCCUGCCGGUGCUAAGCCCAAGCGCGCUGGUGGUGCCCGCGGUGGCCGCGGUGGUGCUCCUCGUGGCCGUGGCGGUUUCGGUGGUCGUGGUGGUGGUGGCUUCGGUGGUCGCGGUGGUGCUCCCCGUGGCCGUGGUGGCUUCGGUGGUGGUGGCUUCGGUGGUCGUGGCGGUGGUCGUGGUGGCUCCGGCGGCUUCUCUCGCGGUGGUGGCGGCGGCUUCGGAGGCCGUGGUGCCCGUGGCGGUGGUUUCCGUGGUCGCGGGUGA